UAAAUCCAUUUUUUUUUCUUUUAUCCGAUUUAUAUCUUCUAAAUCCUUCAACUUCCAUUUAUUUCAAAAUUUUCAUAGGUUCCUUCCCUAGUCAACUUCUUGUUGUUGGAGCUUUGGUCCUGCAGUUCUUAAAACGAAGCCAUUCCUUUUAGUUGCUUCUUCUUCAAGAUCUUUUCUGGCUCUGCUUAGAAACUAAGCUGAAAAUUUUCUUCUGGGAAACUGAGGGCAAAAUUCCUUGAGAAUCUUCAUCUUCCUUUUAAAGGACGUCCAGUCGGAAUACGUAGAAUGGUUUUCUACCUAGAAAGUCAUUAGCACAAACGUAUCGGAAAAGGCAGAGUCAAAAUAGGGGAAGUUUCAAUGGAUUCAAGUACCCAUCGAAGCUAUCAAGGCCAGAAUAGCCAAUCCGGUUCUGGGUUAUUACGUUUUCGUUCUGCUCCAAUCUCUGUUCCCGCUGAUUUCACCGAUACCGUUGAUUGUGGCGUCAACAAAGGCGGUUUCGAUAUAUCCAAAUUCAUUAGUUCAAGCGGCGGAAACGGCGAAGUAGAGGGUAAACCUGGGUCAGAGGCGGCUGCUAACUAUGCAAGUUCAGGGUUGCCGCCUCAGUAUCCGGGGCAUAGCUCAUAUGACUUAUUGGAUCGACGGAGUCAAGGGAAACCGGCUACUUCUAUUUUAACGAGGCAAAGCAGCUCGCCGCCAGGGAUUUUUAUUCAAAAUGGCUAUGCCAGCAUGAAAGAUUUGGGAAACUACAUUGGAGAAUUGAGUCCAUCUUCGAAGGGAAUGAAGAAUCAGAUUAGCUUCUCAGCAACGCAACCUUCUUCAUUGAGCAUGUUGUCGCAGAUAUCCGAAAUCGGCGACGAUGAAGUUGGGGCUAAUAGCUUCGACGGCGGUUCUUGGAAAGGUUCUGCACAAUUUACACAAUUUUUCCGGCUCGAAAAUGUCACGAGAUAACCAGAAUGGUGAUGUUGGAAGUGGUGUUCAUGUAUUAUCGCACCAUUUGAGUGUACCAAAGACUUCAAAUGAGAUGGCUGCGGUGGAUAAGUAUCUGCAUUUUCAAGAUUCAGUGCCUUGUAAGAUCAGAGCUAAGCGUGGUUAUGCUACUCACCCUCGAAGCAUUGCAGAAAGGGUGAGAAGAACCCGUAUCAGUGAACGGAUGAGAAAGCUUCAGGAGCUUGUCCCCAACAUGGACAAGCAAACAAACACAGCAGACAUGUUGGAUUUGGCAGUGGAGUACAUCAAGGACCUUCAAAAGCAGUUCAAGGUUCUUAGUGACAAUCGCGCAAACUGCAAGUACUUAAAUAUUCACAAGGCAAUGCCUAACCAGCUUGUAUGACUUUGCUUUCCUUCAAUGAUAGAGGAUUUCGAUUUGAAGGAAUUGCUGCUCCUUUUUGUUUUCCUUUCGGCAAAAGUUUGGCUACAAGAUUCAAUCCUUUAAGCUAACAAAAGCUUCCCACUUUGAAGGCUAUAAAAUAGAAGAGAGAAAUGUAUAGGACUUUACUUGUUUUCUAAUAGCAAUUUCACUCGUUUUUCUUCUUCUAAUUUUCUAAGCAAAAAGGGCAGCAGCGCGUUUGAGAUGGA